CAUAAAGUAACAGAAUCUCGUCCAUUAGACAUCGACCAUCCUUCUCAUCCUUCACAUGGCUUCUUCACACCCAAUCGACUUCUUUCGAGGCUGGCCUACCCCAAAGCUGGUUCCCGUUGAUGCCGUCAAGCAAGCCGCCGUGAAUGCCUUGUCCGAUAAAGCGGUAUCAGAUGUCGGUUUUGGCUACGGACCCGAUGAGGGUCAUUAUCCUCUGAGACAAAAUAUUGCCGAAUGGUUAACGCAAUCAUACGGUCCCUCGCAAGCCAUUACUGCCAGUCGAAUCUGUAUCACCGGCGGCGCGAGUCAGAAUCUGACCAGCAUCCUGCAGGUCUUUACGGAUCCUUUGCAGACGAAGCGGAUAUGGCUUGUCGAACCUACUUAUCAUUUGGCCUUUCGGUGUUUUGAAGAUGCGGGAUUCCAUGGACGGUUGAGAGGUAUCCCAGAGGAUGAGUCCGGGAUGAACGUUGAUGCCCUCGAGCGAGCUCUCGAGGAGUUCUCGGAUGCGAACGAUGAUGAGGAUUCUCAUGGAAGCUAUAUUGCGAAACCGGAUCGACCGUACAGGAAGAUCUACAAGCACGUUAUCUACUUGGUUCCUACUUUUUCCAAUCCGUCUGGGACCACAAUGUCGCAUUCCAGACGUGAAGCACUUGUCAAAGUCGCUCGCAGAUUCAAUGCUCUGGUCAUCUGUGAUGAUGUCUACGACUUCCUCGCUUGGACUGAACCCCCGAACUCAACCCCGAAAGACCUAUCGCUACAACGUGUAAUCGAUGUAGAUCGCACUCUUGACGGGGGGCCGUCGGACGCAUUUGGCAACGUGAUGAGUAACGGAUCAUUCAGCAAGAUUCUCGGUCCUGGAUGCCGGGUCGGAUGGGCGGAGGGGUCGGAUGCUUUUAUCCAUGGACUUUCACAGGCUGGUCAGACAUUAUCUGGAGGCGCACCCUCCCAGUUGAUGUCGACUUUUAUCAACGACAUGCUGCAAACGAAUACGUUACAGCAGUAUAUCUCAAAGAAGUUGAUCCCGGAGGGACGUCGGCGAUACUGGUUGAUGGUCUCUACCGUACGAAAGUACCUGACCCCCCUCGGGGUUACAUUUACUCCCGACCCCGAACGAACUAAAUUGAUCGGUGGUUACUACGUUUGGGUCAAGUUACCCGCUCCUUUGGACGCAGAUCAAGUCUGCCAGAAAGCUAUGGACACGCAGAACCUUGAUCUGGGUAAUGGAGGGCUGUUUGCAGUGCCUGGAGGAAAAUCUCGGGAUGCUGAUCUGUAUCGGAAUCUGAGACUAUGUAUUAUGUGGGAAGAUGAUGAGCAACUGGUUGAGGGUGUCAAUAGGCUUGCCACUGUCAUCAAGACUUUGGUGGACAGCUAGCAGAGCCACCCUUCUGUUUGACGCUAUGCUUGGUUGAGUCGUUUGAGAUAGAUCGGACCAUAAGAACAGGAUAUGUAUAGAGAGCCGGCAAAGAAUGUAUAACUCCAUCUCGACUGGGUCUCGGAUGAUUUAGAUAGCGUUGUGAAGAAGUAGUAAAUACGGAUCCCG